GGGAGGGAUGACAACCCCGAGUCAACGCGCAUCACAAUCGGGGGCGGGCUAUAUAAGUGGGGCUGAGCGAGGCUGGCUGCCAUUUUGCCGCGAGCUGACGAGCGAAGAGGGACAAGCUUGAGCUGGGAAGGUGGAGCAAGGGGACCGUGAGUGCGGUCCAGCUGAUCCUCCUCAAGCCAGCCAAGUUUGGCGCUCUGUGGCAAGUCACAGGCAUGGCUGAUCCCUGGGGAAUGAGCUUCUUCCCCAGCCCAGAAGCCUUCUGGGCCUUCUGCUCCUUCCUGUGGCUGCUGCUGCUGGCGUUUGCCUGCUUCUCCAUGAUGCCGUGUGGCAAGCCGCAGGAAGGGAGGACGAGGAGGUGCUGUUACAGAAGGAACCAGGAGAAUCGCAGAGUUUGGACCCUCCACAACUCUUCAUGGCGCAAGAGGAAGCAAUGUCCCGAGCACGCAAAGAUGGAUGGAAUAGUUGAACUAGCCCAACUGUUCAACAGGACCCUUGAGGACCUCAACAGAUACAUGGAAAUGCUCAACUUGGAGUUGCCAGAGGACAGCAGUGAGUCUACCACUUCUGACACAGAGAGUGAAACCAGCUGCUCUUCAACGGUGUCUCUGGACUCUUGGAGCACCAUCUCCUGCACUACCAUCACGGAGAGCGAAUCCACACAGAUUUCAAGGGCAUCUACCCCCACUCCUCUGCAGAAAGAAGACUCACUUCAUGCUUCUGUGUUCCAGCCUGGCCUCAUGCAUCCCAAGGCUGGCCCAGGGGAGCAGCAUGACCAUGACACUUGCCAACCCUGCAGGAAAGAAGUGGUCAGAUGCCACAGGGCCAGCAGUGUGCACCAACACCAGCAACACGUCCAGGUCCAGCAGGCUGCUCCCACCCAUCCUCCAGAGGUGCCCAAAUUCCACUCCAUGGAAAUGAAGACAUCUUUGCCACAAAAGAAAUCCAAGGAGGCCUUAAACUACUUCACCUCACAUAAGAAAGAGGAGGAGAAACUGCGCCUGCCAGCUGAUGGGGACAAGCCUCCACAAAAUGAUCCAGCCUCUGCUUCGAAAGUAUCGAAGCAAGAAGAAGAGCCUAAUAUGAAGGCGGUUCCCAUGGUGUGGGACCUGACCUUCAUAGACAAGGCUGUGAAAAAUCAGCUGGAGCAUGUAGUGGAAAAAAUGUAUAUACAAAAGCAAUUUGGACUGUCAGAGAUGCUGUUGUCCUGUGAGGGGAGCUUUUCAGCCACUGUCCUGGAAGCAAGGACAGCUGUCCCAACCACAGCUCCUCGAUCACCCCAAUGGCGAGCAGAGCCACAUGUGGUGGUGACUCCUGUGGAGAAGGACCCACCCUGUGUGGAAAAGACUGUGAACCGUCAUCUGGAGGGGCCUAACGGACAAAAGCAGACAAAAGAGCUCUUCGGGCUACCAGGGAUCCUGGCUUGCCUGAAAAGAUCUUCAGACCCCGUCCUGGGACAAAAAGACUCCCAGACUGAGCCUGUCCACUCUGUGCCAGCAGCUAUUCUGAGAGUGGAACAAGGGAUGAAGCCUCAGGAGGAUGGGGACAGACCCCACCAGAAAAUGGAGUGUGGAGGAAGAGCCAGCGGCAGCAGCACGACCAGCAAGACGACCCUGCCUGGCACCAGCAAGAUGAACCAGGACCCUGGGGCAGCAGGGGAUUCCCCUUCCACCCAGGCAGAGCAGGCGUCGCCACAGAGCAAGGGAGCUCCGCGGGGUCAAUCAGAUAAGAAGGGUGAGGGCCCCAGCAUCUCCACUACGGGGGACAUGGGGACACCACCGCCUCCAAGAAGAAGGCCCCCACAGAGAAAAAAACAGCUCCAGUGAGGACAGACCCUCAGCUCUGCCACGGCCUCCACACCACGUUUGGAUCUGUCUUGAUAUCCACCAUGUGACAAGGGUCCUCGCAGCACCAAGAGACUGCCACAAAGCCAAACAAAUUGCUGAAGAUCUGCAGAAGCAGGUGCAGGCUUCACAGUCGGAGCAGCUCCCAGACAAUGUGGGGCAACCAAGGAUGGACCCAGCAGCAGAGGGCACCGGGGCCGUGCCACGCAGAAGACGUAGAAGGGCACGGAAGGACAAGGGAUGCUCCCAGGACAGACCCGUCUUCGCAAGACUCCGUCCAAAGUUCAUCAAAGCCCCAAACCACAACCUGCCUGGCACGGAAAGCUCCCAGAAUUUGGCUCUGUCUGCAGCUGCAGUCCCAGGUGCAGCUGGAGGAAAGACAGUGGGAGAGAAGAAACCAUCUGCAGAGAGGGCCAAGGUUCAGCAGGACCCAGCAGGGCACGGAGCCAGCAAGCAGCAGAUCCCUGCCAGCCCCACCAGGGAGUAGGGGCUCUCUCAAUAAAUGUGUCAGUGGAAACAAGCUCAUGGGCGAGUGUCUCUAAUUUCCUGGGGAAGCACUGCGGCUCCCCUGCUCACUACUAGGCCCUCCUUGCAUGGGCAAGGCUGGCAGCGCUGUUGGCUGCUUCUGUGGGGAGGAGUGGGUUGGGGGUGGCCUUCCCCUGAGGCUUUCAGAGGCAGCAUGGGCUGCCAAGCUCCCUGGAGGCUCAACUUGGAGUUGCCAGAGGACAGCAGUGAGUCUACCACUUCUGACACAGAGAGUGAAACCAGCUGCUCUUCAACGGUGUCUCUGGACUCUUGGAGCACCAUCUCCUGCACUACCAUCACGGAGAGCGAAUCCACACAGAUUUCAAGGGCAUCUACCCCCACUCCUCUGCAGAAAGAAGACUCACUUCAUGCUUCUGUGUUCCAGCCUGGCCUCAUGCAUCCCAAGGCUGGCCCAGGGGAGCAGCAUGACCAUGACACUUGCCAACCCUGCAGGAAAGAAGUGGUCAGAUGCCACAGGGCCAGCAGUGUGCACCAACACCAGCAACACGUCCAGGUCCAGCAGGCUGCUCCCACCCAUCCUCCAGAGGUGCCCAAAUUCCACUCCAUGGAAAUGAAGACAUCUUUGC